UUCAAUGUAAUAAUAUAUAUUAGGAAAUUACAGCUAGGAAAUAAUUAUACCAAUUUAGAAGUAUCUAGCCACGGAGCCUAAUAGUUUAACCUGGAAAUUAAAUCGAGUGGGCUAUUCCGAGCAAAACAGAUAUUGUAGAAGUAUCUCGAUCUAGAGCCAGGUUAUUCUUGCAGCAAACCAUCAAACUAAACCUAUAACCAAACCAUCACUAACCUAUAAUACGUAUACAGUAGCCAUUAUGUAGCUUACUAUUAUUGAUUCUCCCUUUUAGUAGAGUCGGGAAAGAAUAGAGUAUAAAAUUUUGUUGGGAUCCAAGACGAGGGAGAUCUGGAGAUAUUUAUAGUUGGGAGGGAAAAAAAGACCUUUGGAAGCAAUGUACUCUGGAACGAAUCAAUUGGAUAACGAAAGUUCUAUUUUCAGAGAGGGGAAGAUUCUAUGACUAAUAUUGACUAUUUACUUUAGACGGAAACGUAAAAAAUCGUGAGUUUAUGACUAAUUUAGCAGGUUCACGAGAGAGGAAUGUAAAUAGAUAUUAGUCACGGGAUAGUAAACAACAACAUUUAUAAUUAGUCACAUUAAACAGCGCCAUUCAUAAUUAGUCACAUUAAACAGCAACAUUCAUAACUAGUCACAGUAAUCAGCAACAUUCAUAACUAGUCACAGUAAAUCAGCAACAUUAACAAUUAGUCACAAUAAACAACAACAUUCACAAUUAGUCACAGUAAACAACAACAUUCACAAUUAGUCACUGUAAACAAUUAAAUCAAACUACAAAUAUCAGCUGGAUUUUACGUAUCCAAUUAAUUUCCUAUUCAAUAACUAACGAUGAUAUUACAAGAAACCGCGCUUAAUUCCCUUAAAGGAGUGUAUAUUGACCCAAAGUGUCAAUCUGCACAUGAUGUAAUAUCCCAGGACACAGUAUAUACCUUCAUGUUAGAAAUGAUUCAUUUGAACUAUAUUUUAGAAAAACCAGUAAUUGACGAUUUGUGUAAGUUAUCCUCGGUAGAAGGUGGUAAAUUCCUCAAGGAUUUCUUAUCGAUAAUCCAAAAAAACAUUGGUGCCCAUGUCAAGUAUGAACCUAUGUAUCCUAAUUUCCCUCAGCAGGUAAUGAAUGCUUCUGAUGUUGAAUUGGUUCUCAAUGCCAUUUUGCACUACUGGUCGUUUGGUGCAUGGAGACCUGUAUACAUUAAAGAGAAGCGGGUGGAACUUGACGAAAAGAACCCGUUGGAAAAGUUGAAAUUGAUUUCAUUGGAUGAUUUAAGAGAAUAUUUCAUUACCUUGAUCAAUUCAAAAACUGGUAUUCCAGUCAUAUAUGACGAGUUCAUUCGAGAAGGACUUAACCUUGGCUGGUUUGAGGAUUACAAGGCUAAAUUCCCAGAGAUUCCAUUCCGAGUAACAUCAUGUAAACUUGCUGUUGAAUGUUUGAAACAAGGCAAGUCGAUUGAUUAUUUUGUCAAAACAACAACAGAUGUAUUGCGAAUAAUGGCAGUUUAUUCUGGCCAACCACCAGAAUUGGACAAGGUUGUAAAAUUCAAAUCAAUGAGGAGGAAGGAGAGGAGAGUUUUGAUUCAGAAUUUGGAAAGAGUGAUUAGUGUAGAAGAUGUCAAACGUCAUACUUCUAUCUGGAUAAGGGCAUUUCAUUGUCUUCAUGUUGGUGAAUAUGGUGGCAAAGUCAAUGAGAUUGCUUCAAGGUUCAGAAAUGAAAACAAUGUUGCUACCAAGAAUACCGCCUUGUGCAAGGCAAUUGAAGCUAGUGAUAUAGACACUGCGGUAAAAAUUCUCAAGAACCUUCCCUCCAUGUUUGCUAGAUAUUUGGACAAGCUAUUACGAGAUUCACAGCAUGAUCAGGAAACGUUAUUGGAAUUCUCCAACAUUGCCGCUGGUGUUGAAUCCAAGAUCUUGUUACAAGCAUUAGGUCAUUUCAAAGGAAACAACAAGGUUGAACAAAAGACCGUAUUUGCUAAACUGAAGUUAAUAUUGAUUGAGAAAAAGGAAAACCAAAAGGUAUUGGCAAAUUCAGUAGCAGUAAAAGUAGUUGACACUAUUCGAAAGGCUUUGGUUGAAAAAUACAAAUUAUUGAAUCAUUUCAAUAAGGAUCUGAAAGUAUAUAUUACCAAAGAAGCAGAAGGGAUUUUGCUUCCAAUGCAGCUCAACACUGGAAGCAAUUCCAAUAAGAGAUCAAUAGCUCGUGGUUCACGGUUAUUACCUAAUGAGGCUGACUUGGAUAAGAAUAUAAUCAGGUUCUUUGUUUAUUGGGUAGGACGGGACAUUGAUCUUUCUGGGGUCUUUCUUGCAGAAGACUUGGAAACAACAAGCUAUAUAAACUAUACUAAUUUAAGGGAAGGUUAUGCUGUCCAUUCAGGAGAUAUUACUUCUGCACCAAACGGUGCCAGUGAGUUUAUCGACAUUGAUAUAACUAAAGCAUUGGCUGAUGGUUUCAGAUACGUUGAAAUGAGCGUAAGAGUAUUUCUGGGACCAAAUUUUGUUGAGCAUGAAGAAUGUUUUGCUGGUUAUAUGAUGAGACAGGAAGCGCAAGCCGGCGAAAUAUUUGAACCAUCAACUGUUAGAACUAAAAUGGACUUGGUGUGUGAAACUAGAGAUAUCAAUCCAUUUAUGUUUGAUUUGGUGACAAAGGAACUUAUAUGGUUAGAUAUCCCAUCACAUCCUAAAGUGUUUGGUCCAAAUAAUGUUAAUGUAAAUAUCAAUCAAAUUAAGGAAACAUUGAAGGCAAGCCUUGAAUUACCAUUGUUGAAAGUGAAUAUGAGGGAGUUAUUGGAUUUGCAUGUAGAAGCUGGUUCUGCUACAAUUGUUGAUGAUCCCAAAGAUGCUAAUUUCGUAGUUGGAUUAGGUGAUGGCGAUUUAGAUCUUUAUGAUUUUGCAACCAUAAAUUCCAAAUGGAUAUAGUUGGGUUAUAUAGUGAUGUAAUAUACAGGAAUCGAUCCGGGGAAAUUCUGCGUCGAGAGCUACCAAA